UGCGUAAACCCUGAGCAUCAAGCAAGUGGUCGCAAGCACCCCGUCCUACCCGGCGACUACCUUAUUCUAAAGCUUCCUCGCAGACCUAAUCUCAGGUUCUCAAUCGCACACAAUGACCCUCAAUUCAGGCGGUGAGGCCGCUUCCCAGGGAAGCGAAGAUGGAAAUGUCGCAUAUCUUGUGUAUGCUCCUUCGGGAGUUCUUCUCUUCAUAUGUCCGAUUCUAUUGAUCCUCCGGCUCUGGGUUCGAUCACGGGUCGAUGGGAAGCUGAAAGCCGACGAUUUGACGGCCUUGAUUGCUUGCUUCUUCGGAUUGCUCACGAGCGCCGUGUUAAUAGCUUCGUGCCAACACGGCGUGGGCCGUCACUGGGCAGAUCUCGGUGUGAUUGAGCGAAGAGACUCGCUCAAGUAUCUCUACGUCUCGCGAGUGAUGGACAAGUUAUCGCUUGAUCUUGCCAAAUGCAGCGUCGUACUAUUCUAUCUCAGGGUUUUUGGCAAGAUUCGCUGGUUUAGGUGUUGCUGUAUCUGCCUCAUGGUGAUCAUCGGCGGUCACUGUUUCGCUGCGGUCUUCGCAGUGCUGUUCCAGUGCCAGCCUCCUCGGAAGGCAUGGCGCACGAGCAUCGACGGUGCAUGCAUCGACAACGGCCAGUUCUGGCUCGCGAACGCUGGAUUCUCGAUCGCUACGGACGUCAUCAUACUCAUGCUGCCGAUGCGCUUAGUGUUCGCUCUUCGCGGACCUGGGCUGCGGCGAGUAGCAUUGACUGUGUUGUUUGCGCUUGGACUCUUCGUUCUAGCGGCCUCGUCUCUACGUAUGAUGAGCAUCGAUGCAUUAGCGACGACUUCAGACAUCACCUACGAUAUCACCUAUGUCAUGUGGACUAUCAUCGAAGUGCAAGUGGCCCUCGUGACUGCCAAUCUAUCCGCACUUGGGCCUCUCUUAGGACUCUGCCACCAGCUCAAGGGCAGAACAGGCAGAUAUCUAAGCCCCUCGAAAAGUUCAGACAAGCGCCCUGGGGUGUCCCAAAGUCAGUGGCCGCAGCCGCACCAUGCGGAUCAUUCCGCCAUGUCCAUCGUUAUCGAGCGUAGCGGCGAAGCUCAUCCGGAAGCGCCGCCAAACGGAGUUUUGCAGACAACUGAGUUUAGUGUUCUAUAUCCACCAGCGAGUGAUGACUCGUUGAGGCGCUGAAAGAAGCAUGGGGAGGGUCCUCGUCAGCACCACUCACCUCGGGGGCCAGCGCUAGAGAUGUAUCGUCACUGGCCCAACAGUUCCACGUGGACGAGAGGUUGUAGAAUUACCA